GUGUGUGUGUGUGUGUGUAUGCCGGCUCAGCACGUCAGUUUUUUAAAAGACUAUUAGAACCUUUCUGACACAUAUUAUCUGUGCAGGCGAUGUCCUGGGCCUCAGCGGCAAAAUUAAGUGUAAAGAGUAAUUGUCAAUAUAUUGCAUUAUUCGUAGUAUUCACGGUUCAUUCACCCGUAAUUUGUCAUACACUGGUGGAGCGCAUCAGGCUGUCCCUGGCCGUCAUCUGUUUCGUGACGUCAUUCGCAAAGUGUCAUGGCGGGUCUUGCUGCAGUGUUUUGGUGUAGAAUCGCCCUACUAACCCCUGAAAAAUGAUGUCUGUAAUGUCCAUGGAGCAUUGAGUGGGUGUAGUGGAUACAAUUUAGGGAACCUAUGCACUAAAUGACGUCAGACGCGGAGGAAAUAAGUCCUGUGGCGGCCGCGGCUGCUGCUGCUGGUGUGGUGGACGAGAGAAUACGCUCCUUGUCUACAGCAUCAGAGGCUUCGGAGGACUCUGCCACGGCGCUCUUGCCUGACGUCACCUUCGGUCCCACCAACCACACAGGCAUGGGGUCUCCCAGGAGCAACAGGGAGAGCCAGCCGCUACUCGGAGCCAGACACGAAGUGGACGACUUCAACCACUGGCCAGAUGACCCUCACUUCACAGACUUAGUAAGGCAAGCAGAGACGUCCAUAGAGACUGGGAUUUACCCAGAGAGGAUAUACCAAGGAUCCAGUGGAAGCUACUUUGUAAAAAACAGCAGUGGGAAAGUCAUUGCUGUUUAUAAGCCAAAGGAUGAGGAGCCAUAUGGACGUCUUAACCCCAAGUGGACCAAGUGGCUCCACAAGGUUUGCUGUCCCUGCUGCUUUGGUCGUUCCUGCCUUGUACCCAACCAGGGUUACCUGUCAGAGGCAGGAGCAUCCUUGGUUGAUCAAAAGCUGCAGCUCAAUGUUGUUCCUAAAACUAGGGUAGUCAAAUUAGCAAGUGAAACUUUCAAUUAUACAAGAAUAGACAGAGAGAAGUCCAGAGCUAAGAAGAUGGUAUCUGAAAGGUUCCCCAAAGUAGGUCGCCACUUCCACAGAAUUGGACUUCCUCCAAAAGUUGGAUCCUUUCAAGUAUUUGUUGAGGGCUACAAGGAUGCAGACUACUGGCUGCGGCGCUUUGAGGCUGAGCCACUGGGUGAAACCACCAGCAAGCAGUUUCAGCUUCAGUUUGAACGGCUGGUCAUUCUGGACUACAUCAUUAGGAACACUGACCGUGGGAAUGACAAUUGGUUAAUUAAGUAUGAGAAGCCAGAGCUAGCUGAAGAAGGGGAAGGGGAGGAUUGGUCAAUGGUAAAGCCUCCUGAGGUGAGAGUGGCAGCUAUAGACAAUGGUUUGGCCUUUCCCUUCAAACACCCAGACUCAUGGCGUGCCUACCCUUACCACUGGGCUUGGCUUCCUUGGGCCAAGAUUCCCUUUAGCACAGAGACAAGGGAACUGGUGCUGCCUCCCUUGUCUGAUAUGAACUUUGUCCAAGAACUCUGUGAUGACAUGUAUAAUUUGUUCCAGACUGACAAGGGGUUUGAUCGUCACAUCUUUGAACGUCAGAUGUCAGUCAUGCGAGGACAGGUCCUAAAUUUGACCCAGGCCCUGCGGGAUGGCAAGAGCCCUGUGCAGCUGGUCCAGAUGCCUGCAGUCAUCGUUGAAAGGUCUAAAGGUCGAGUGGGCACCACAGCUCGCUUCAGGUCCUUCAGUGACACUUUUACACAGUCAUUCCAAGAGAAGAGUCCGUUCUUUUCAUGGUGCUGAGGUCAGAACAGCUGUCAUUUUUUUUAUAUUGGUAUUAAUUUCAACAUGACUAUUAUGUGAACUUUGGGAUAGUGUGUAAUGUUGGAUAGAGUUUGAUUUUUGGUAUGGUAAGAAUUUUACUUGUAGGAAGUGCAUUGAGAUUUCAAGUAUAUCAAGGAACUCAUAUUAUAUUCUCUUUUUUUUUUUUUUUUUAUUAUUAUUUAUUUAUUUAUUAUUUUUUUUAGGGUUGCCAGCCUUAUACAGAAGGUGAUGUAAAGGAAAAUAUUAUUAACAUUCACUCAUAAAUCUAAUUUGUAUUUUUGGUAAGUUAAGAACAAGCAUGAUCAUUCAUUCAGUUAAAAGUGAAGUGAACUGCUCCUGUAAGCAUCAUGUCAGGUAAGUUUUGAAUAAAUAAGUUCUAAUAAAAAUUAACAUAACCUACAUACAUACCAAUAAAUAUCUGAUUUUGUAAAUGACCACAUACAUUAAUAGUAAAAGUUAAUGUAAGUGGGAAUUAUGCAGGUCAAAAAAAUUUGGUAUGAAUGUUUUAUCAAUGCAACUAUCUUAAACACCAGUCUUCACAUUUGUGUAAUUACAUUGUGUUACCAUCAUUUUAAUACAAGUAUGAACAACUUGAGUAGUGUGCUGUAGGUGGGGAUGUAAUUCACUCACAUUGAGUCAUUACUUCAUUGAGAUAGUGUACAUACUACUUUCAGGUCUUUGCAACGAUGGUCCCCAGCAUAUGUGUUAUUGUAGGUUCCUUAUCCAGUUCUUUUACUUCUGUACACUGUGUCGACUUUUAUUAUCAUUAUUGUUAAAAAUUAAUGAUUGAUGAAACAUGUUUAUGGUCAGUACUGAGCUGGCAAUCGUGGUUCAACCCUCCAUAAUGCACUGUGAUAACUUAAUAAACCAACUUCAUCUC